AUGGCGGUGGUAUCAGUGUUAGUGGCACUGAGGCAGGUGUUGUUGGGCAGAAGGGCAGUGGCAGUGGCUGCCCUUUCUGUUUCCAAGGUUCCAAUCAGGUGGUUGAGCAUUUCCACAUGGAGGUUGGAACAGGACCAAACUCGAGACAUGCAACUCUUAACAGUGGAUGAGAAAUUGGAUAUCACUACUUUAACUGAUGUUUCAGGAGAACAUAUCAAAACCUGAAAAGUGGAUUUUGUUCCUGCUCACAAUAACAUGCAGUCUCGAAUAAACAACAUGAAGAAAUGGAAGAUGGAAUCUGGUACCGGGGAAAUAUGGGAAAAUCCUUCGAUGGGCUGGGCAUCAACGGUCGAUCCCUUGUCUAAUAUGGUGCUAACCUUCAGUACUAAAGAAGAUGCAGGUGCAUUUGUGGAAAAAAAAAAAAAAGAAUGGAGGUAUGACAUGGAAGAGAAGAAAAUUCUUAAGCCCAAGUUCAAAUCUUAUGGCACAAGCUUUUCUUGGAACAAAACAACAAGACUAUCCACAAAAUAG